AUGAUUCAAUUCCAGCCGAAUUUGAUUGAUAUGAUCAAACAUGUUUGUUGGAAGAAUUCUAAAAUCAGUUCUCAAAUCAUGACAUUGAUAGUAACCUAAUUCUUAGAUUUUCUAAUUGAGUGGCAAUACUUGGAACCUCUUUCUUAGACAGUUGAAGCCUUGUUAAAAAUGGAUGACAAUUUGGUGGAAUUGCGUUUCCAAUGUUUAUUGUGUGAACCCUUUAAGAUCUUAUCAUGUGUAAAGGGUUCUUCGAUAAUGAAUGCUAUUGUGUCCAACUUUGAUAAGGAUAAGAAUUAUGGUUUUUGUAUGAUAGCAAUACUUGCAAAUUUGGCAUCUCAAGUCAACUAUGUUGGGGAGUACUUCAAGAAAAAUAAGCAACAAUUCGAAAUAUUGCUUUGGAAAGCUAGAGAGUAUAAGAAUAUCAAUUAUGGCUUGUACUUCCCAGUCAUGAAGAUUUAAAAAUCUAUACAAUAGUUAUCUGCAAUUUUCGAAGAACCUGAAAAACCAAUAAUUCAAUUCUCCGAUGAAAAAUGUAAUUAAAUGGUUCAAGAAGAGCCUGAACCAGAAGAUUCCAAUCUUCAAGUGAUUCAUCUGAUCCAACAGAAUGAGAUCAACUAUACUUAGACUAAAGAUGACUCAAUGGACAAUAACAACCCAUCUGAUAGAGAGAAUCCAUCUGAUAGAGAGAAUCCAACUGAUUAAUUAUCAGAAUGA